UACUUGUUUACUAUCAUGUAUCCAUGCCGCACGUCCUAGCUCGCAUCCAUCAACCCGCUCAAUCAACCCGAUACACGCUCGCCGCCACGCCCCUUGGUCGAUAGAUGAACACCCCCGCCUCCCCUCCCCCUUCUCCGGAACCAUGACCUCGGGCAGGUCGCUGGGCGGUGGACGAGUCCUGGGGAGUGGAAGAAACCUGUCGCCCGCCGUCUCCCCGCAGCCGCCUGCCCAUCACCGCCGCAAUGCCAGCCUGCUAUCUCCCUCCGAGAGCUCCCUCUCCCUGAGCUCGCACACCUCCAACAGCCCUGCGAGCACCGCCGAACCGCGCGACGACAUCGGCAGCAAAGUCCUGCUGGCUGGCCAGGACAAUGCCGCCGCCUCGGCCUCCAGCAGGCUGGUCUGUCCCAUCUGCAAUGAGGACAUGGUCACUCUGCUCCAGCUCAACCGCCACCUCGACGAUAACCACCAAAAUCUGGUUGAGGAAGAGCAGGAUGAGGUCAAGAACUGGUUCGAGAUGCAAAUGGAGAAGGCCAAGAAGUUCCAGCCCCUCGCCGUUCUGAACCAGAAACUCAAGGGACUGGACGUUUUCGAGUCCAACGAUGCCCCGACGCCCACCCCGUAUACCCACCCUGCUGCCUCCGCCUCCACUCACGAACCUCCACCCGUCCGCCGAGAUCCCGACGAGGAAGUCACGAGAGCACAUUGGCAGAGGCCCAGCUACCGCGAUGUGUGUUCAGACCCGCUCUGCGGCAGGCCCGUCACCGCUUCGCAAAUGGCCCUAGGAGGCAACGCCCCUGCUGUGAAUUGCAGAUGCUGCGGCAAACUGUUCUGCGAGGACCAUACCAUGUACCAGAUGAAGUUAUCACGCCAGGCCAGGCAUGAUCCUGUUCGCGGUUUCUGGUGCCGAGUAUGUGAAACGUGUUACAAAUCGCGAGAAGGUUACAACGAUCACCACGGUCUCGAGCGCAAUCAUUUCGAGCAUUUUGCUACCAUUCGCCGCAAAAGACUAGACAGAGAACACAUGGAGGUCAGUAGGCUGGAGAAGCGACUGACCAAGCUCACACAGCUUCUGGCGAACCCUCCCCCGCCUGAGUCAAACCCUUCGUCUUCCGGAUUCUGGCCGUUGUCGGGGGCCAAAAACCAGCGUAAAAUGCUGGAGCAGUCCAUCAUCACUUGGGAAGAGGAUGCCACAGUGUCGCAUUGCCCGUUCUGCCAACAAGAGUUUUCAAAUUAUACGUUCAGACGGCACCACUGCCGAAUGUGUGGUCGUGUGGUGUGUGGUGACCUCAAGACAGCUUGCUCCUCAGAAGUAGGGUUGAAUGUGGAUGCAACCAAAUCUGAGAAAGGGGGGUCCGCGCAGCUAAACGUCGAUGUCCGCAUGUGCAAAGAUUGCACACAUACUUUAUUUAGUAGAGGCGAUUUUCAACGUGAACUUUCCUCCAAGCCCACCGACCAGCGCUCCUAUGAAAAUCUUGCCCAGUUCGAGAGAGGAAUUCGACUUCUUCUACCCAGAUUCCAGAAACUACUCAUGGCUUUACAGGACCCAGAUAAACCACCCUCGCCUCAACAGCUCACCGAUGCCACCAAGGUGCGUAAGCGUCUCAUGGACGCAUUCGCACAGUUCGACCAGGCUGCAAAGAGGAUACGAGAUCUACCUACAGAGUCACCCACACAAUUACGACUUCAAAAAGCAGUCUACAACCAGGCCUACAAUUUUCUCAGCACGCACAUGCUCCCCUUGCAAUCGUUACCCCGCGUACUCAAACACGCCGCUCCGCACGGCCAGAAAUCCCAGAGUCGUUCUAACGGAGGGGGAGGGGCCCUUGCUUCUAUCAAGUACAACAAUCAAGCAGGAAGUGUAGUCAGCAGCAGCAGUGCCGUCUCAGCGUUGGAGUCGGAGGAGAAAGAUCUCCGCGAGCGCCUCAUCAUCCUAGAAGAACAGAAGUUCAUGGUUUCUGAGAUGGUUGCGAACGCCACGAAACAUCGUCGCUUCGACGAAGUCACCAGCUUGGCUCAGAAUCUGGAGGAUCUGAACAAGGAGAUUGACCAAAUCAAUGGUCAGUUGGGGUCGUUGGAUUUUGCGGGCGCGUAUCGGAGAGAGAUGGCGAGUCCAACACCUGGGUGA